ACUAUCUUGGGGACAAAUGCUUUUAAAUCUCGCCCAUCUUUCUCUUCUGUUACAACAGCCUGUGAGAAGAAAGAAAAUGCUGUCUACAGUCAAACAGUGGCUGUGAUUGAUACUCCAGGUCUGUUUGACACCAGAAAUUCACUCAGAGAGGUGCUUGAAGAGAUCGCUGUGUGCAUCUCCUUUGCUGCUCCAGGUCCUCAUGUGUUCCUGGUUGUGCUGCAGGUCAACAGAUUCACACCAGAAGAACAAAAAACUAUAAAAAUCAUUCAGAUGAUGUUUGGAGAGGAAGCAAAAAAUUACACUAUGUUCUUGUUCACACAUGGAGACUUUCUGGGAGAAAACAGCAUAGAAGAAUUAAUGAGUGAAAAUCAGCAAGUUAAAGAACUCAUUGAUAAAUGCCCUGGAGGAUAUCAUGUUUUUAACAACAAAGAUGAAGAUCAAUCUCAAGUCCAAGAACUGCUGAGGAAAAUCAAUGAAAUGGUUCAGAGAAAUGGAGGAAAAUACUACACCAACAGGAUGUUCAAAGAUGCCCAAGAAGCCAUAAGAGAAGAAAUGAAGCGCCUUCUUAGAGAAAAUCCUCUGAUAGAGGUUGAAGAAGCAAGAAGAAGGGCAGAGAGUAGUAACAAAUUCAUUUGGGGUGUUUUAAAGGGUGCUUCUGCUGGAGCUGGUCUUGGAGCUGGUCUUGGAGCUGGUCUUGGAGCUCUGGCAGGGCCUGCAGGAGCUGCAGUAGGAGCUGCAGUAGGAGCUCCACUGGGAGCAGUAGUGGGAGCCACUGUGUCUUCAGCUAUGGCUGUGAAAGAGAAAGCAUGCAUCAUACAAUAA